AUGCUUGGACUUCGCGAGGCCUUUAAGGAAGACUUGAAAACCUCUCCAGCACAGCUUCUAUAUGGGACAGAGCUACGCAUUCCCGGUGAGUUUUCCAUCUCCGACUCUGUACCUGCAGAACCGAAUUUUUUCCUCGAGAACUUUCGAGAACACAUGCGACGAGUGAGACCCACCACUACCGCCCAUCACACCACAGCACGAUUCUUCAUGCUCAAGGACUUGUAUGAGUGUAGUCACGUUUUCGUUCGAGUCGACACGGUUAAAAAACCCCUCAACCCACCCUACACUGGACCUCACGAAGUCGUCACGCGAGUUGACGAAAGAGUUUUUGUCGUCAGAGUCAACGGGCACAACAAAGUCAUCUCCAUUGACGGACUCAAGCCUGCAUUCAUUGCAAAGUCAGACUCAGAGCAACGAACUGAACAGCAGCAGCAGCAAAGUCCUCAAUCUAGUCCAUUGAUCGUCGUACCUGAAGAACAUCGUUCUAUUAACAUGGACCCACUGCUGACGACUUACGCCAAAGUAGCAAAAACCACCAAAAAAGUACCGUUCCCUUCCUUACCUGGCCAGGUCACUGGGAGAGGAGUGGUUGUGGCGGCUGAGCAUAAACCAGAUUCCAUCGUUACCGACGGUACCCGCCAACAGCGCCAACGUCGCAAGCAGACACUAGUCCCUAGAACGGACUAG